CUGAUUUCGAGAAAAAAAUCGUGGACAUGGAAGAAUUAUGGCAAUUUCCCUGUAGCUGGGCUGCUUUGGAUGGUUGUCAUAUUCCUAUGAAAUGCCCCCCCGGUGGUCUUCAAGCGUGCAAAGAAUAUCAUAACUACAAGAAUUUUUAUUCCAUUGUUUUAAUGGCCUUGGUUGAUUCUAACUACCAAUUUGUGUGGGGUAGCUGCGGUUUUCCUGGGAAUUCCCAUGAUGCUAUCAUCUUCCAGUCUACAAACUUGUGGAAUUCAAUUCAAGAAGGCAUGAUACCAAGCAUGCACAAACAUGUUGACAAAGUUGAAAUACCACCAUUAAUAUUGGCUGACUCAGCCUUUCCACUUCGUAACUGGUUAAUGAAACCGUACUCAAAUGCUGUACUAAGUCCCAUACAAAAAUACUUCAACUACAGACUAAGUAGAGCACGAAUGGUAACCGAAUGUGCUUUUGGGCAACUGAAAGGGCGAUGGCGAGUGCUCUUAAGGAAAAAUGAAGGCAACAUGGACCAUGUUCACAUUUCGGUUCUUGCAUGCAUGGUUCUUCACAAUAUUUGUAUCAUGCGAGGAGAUACAAUUUCUAAAAAGCUUGACCUGACAUUUAACCCUGACAACAACGAGAGAAGAGACAGAGAAGAAGUACGAAAACUGUUGCAAAAGAGAAAAUGUAAAACCCCAGAUGUUUCAAAAGAAGCGAAAAAAAUUAGAAAUGCACUAUCUGAUAAAUUGUGGACAGAAAAGGAAACUGGGAAAGUUUGUUGACUUAAUACUGAAGCAGUAUGUUUCAUGAGUGGAAGACUUUCACAAAUUGGUUAACUUUAUUACCUUAUUAAAGUGUUUUGUAUGCUUGUAUGUUAUAUAUUAUUUGAUGUUAGUUAA